CAUCCUGUAUGAUACGGUCGUCGGUCGGUUCGGUCAACUCAUUAGACUAUCAGGGCGGGUUUAGAAAAGAUAACUUUUACGCACACUUUCACACGGUGCCAUUUUCAAGUCUCGCGCCGCCGAGCUUUGAUCGUGGGUCAGUAUUUAAUAGUCGCUCAAAGCAAACGGACCAAACCUUCCCCAGUCGGUUGUGUAGUGAACAAGUGCAGGUAUUAAAAACUAUACAAAUAUAAGCAGUCAGUGUACAAUGACAUCAUCUGCCAGUGCUGCGGUGAGUGUUCCGGAAUGGAUGACAAAAGAGUACUUUGUCGAUGCGAUAGCGGUGAAGCUGGGCAAACCGGCCACUGAUUUUACGAUCACCGACCUGGACGUUCGGCGCGCAACGGAGGCGGGUGAUAAUUAUGCCUCCAUUCUGUACCGCGUGCGCGUUUCGGUCCGUCUGCACAAUACCGACGGCACGCCGCUGGACAUUUCGCUGAUUGUGAAGGCACUGCCAAAGCUUUCGCUGACCGAUGAAAUGGUGAAGAUGAUGAACCUGUUCCCGAAAGAGAUCGCCAUGUACACGGACGUGCUGCCCCGCCUGGAACAGCUGUACCAUCAGGCGGGCCGUACCAGCGUGCACUUUGGUCCGCGCUGUCUCAAGCACAGCACCGAACCGACCGAUGUGAUAGUGCUGGAAGAUUUGCGUGAACGCCAGUUUACGAUGGCCAACCGGCGGCAGGGACUGGACAUGGAGCAUACGCGCCUGGUACUGCGCCGGAUGGCGCAGUUUCAUGCCGCGUCGGUCGUGCUGGAGGAUCAUCGCGGCCCGUACGGGGAGCUGUUCCGGGAGGGCAUGUUCACCGAGAAGGGGCGCGCGAUGAGCGAGCAGUUUCAGAAGGGACAGGCCGAUUUCUUCCAGAAAAUUAUGGGAUGUUGGUCGGAAAAAGCGCAACAAUGCGCCAGCGUGAUGCAACAUUGGGGCAUGGAUUUGUUUGACUCGCUGAUUCGCGUAACCCGCGCCAAUCGGAAGGGAUUCAACGUGCUGAAUCAUGGUGAUAUGUGGUGCAAUAACAUUCUGUUCCAAUAUAAUGAGGACAGCACGGUGAACGAUAUCUUGUUGAUCGAUUAUCAGCUUAGCUUCUGGGCUUCCCCUGCAAUCGAUCUGAUCUACUUCAUGUUCACCUCGGCCAAUGGAGAUUUCAAGCUGUCGCAGCUGAACUACAUGGUGCAGUACUACCACGAGCAUCUCGUCGACAGUCUGAAGUUUCUCGGGUACACUGGUACCGUGCCGCUGCUGAAGGAGCUCCACUCGGACAUCAUCUCACACCAUCUGUUCGGAUAUAUGAUUUGCUUUUCCAUACUACCCAUCUGCUUGAUGGAGAAAACGGACGAUGCCUCGAUGGAUUUGAUGCUGGAUCAGGGCGCGGCGGGCGAAUCCUUCAAGCUGAAAAUGUACACCAAUCCGGUGUAUGUGCGGCAGAUGGAGCAACUGAUGGAGUAUUUCUUCGAUAUGGGUGUGCACGAUUUGCUGCAAAUCGGAACACAGCGCCCCGCACGUAUCGACUGUGAUCCUUCGCUAGAGUUGCCCCUCUGGUUGGAUCGCGAGUUCGUAGAACACAUUGUUGACGCUAAGUUUGGCACUGCACCUGAGGAUAAGCGAACUGUCCGCAGCGUAUACACGAAGAACGCAGCGAAGAAGGGUGACAGUUACGCUGCAGCCCUGUACUCGGUCAAGGUGGAGCUGCUAUGGAAGGAUGCUGGCGUGGAGGAAACACUUUCGCUUAUCGUCAAAGCGCCACCAAAGGGAAUUGCCGCAUCCUACUCCCUAGAUAAGGAGGUGUACGUGCGCGAGCUUUACCUGUACGAGCACCUGAUUCCCGCCUUUGAAGCACUUUACCGUAGCAAGGGAGUAUCGGUGAAGCUAGGACCACGGUACUACAAACCACGCGUCGGGUUACCGGUGGAGGUGAUCGUGCUGGAAGAUUUAACAAUCUCCGGAUACCGGAUGGCUAACAGGCAGGAUUGCUUAGACCAGGCUCACUUGGAGGUUGCACUUAACCAUCUGGCCCAGUUCCACGCUGCUUCAGCGGUGUAUAGCGAAUCGGGCAAAACGCUACCCGCGAUACUCACCGCAUCGUCCGCCGACCGGCAGAUGGCAGCAAAAACCGAUCACAUGUUUGCCCCUUCGCUGGACAGUUUGUUUGGAUAUAUGAGAGAGUGGGAUUUUGCGGGCGAAUUUGUAGACGAUUUGGAAACCGUUGCAAAACAGAUCUACCAGCUGCUGGUGGACACGUGGACCCUCAAUCCGGAUGGUUUCAAUGUACUCAAUCAUGGCGACGCCUGGCUUAACAAUAUGCUGUUCGCAUACAACGACUACGAUGGGUCCGUCGAUCGUAUGGCACUGAUCGACUUUCAGUUUCCGUCCUGGGGCUCGCCCGUGUUCGAUCUGAUUCACUUCCUGUUCUCCUCCGCACGGGCUGAUUUGAAGCUCUCCAAGCAAGCCUACUUUUUACGCUACUAUCAGGAACGCUUGGUGCACAACCUGGUGCUGCUCGGGUACGGGAAACCACUGCCGACGCUUCGGCAGCUUCACCUUGAUUUUAAUGAUCGUUUGACUGCCGCCAUCAAGACUGUCGUGAUCGAUUUACCGUACGUGCUGGUAGACGACACAGACGAUGCUUCGCAGGAAGCGGCCAUCGUACAGACGGAAGUGGGGCAAAGGUUUCAGAAGCUUCUUUUCGAUAAUGAGCGCUACAAGGAGCAGCUGAAGGAUCUUUUGCCAUAUUUCCGAUCGCGUGGUUUGCUGACACCACUUGCCGCUAACAGCAAGCGAGAUAAAUGAUUAAACGAUUCAAAUGAACACUAAUGCAAUUAAUUUGUAAAAAAAAUACAUAGAGAACUCCAGAAGAUAAUAGAAAACAAGCUGUAGAGCUAUUGACAUAAAAGCUGAGCCACACAUAAAUCAGUAAACAUUUAAAAUGAAUUUAUGGAAUAAGUUUUUUUAAUACAUCAAAGCUUUUACAGAGUUUACCACGAUUUAUUGGUUAAUUCCCAUAAUGUUUUGGGAUCGUCUCACGAUUUAUUCAUCGUUUCCCAUAGAUUUUUGGUUCGUUCCCAUAUAUUAAUAGUAUCGUCCGAUUGGAUAUCAAUACAAUUGAACCAAAAAAAAAUGGGAAACGACCAAAAAAUCGUGGAAACGCACCAAAAAAGAUAUCCAAUAAAUUGUAAGAAACCCUGUAUCAAGUAAAUUUUUUAAACGACGCUAAGAGAAAAAAAAUAAGCCGAGAUAGAUGAUUGCAAAAACACAUUUGGAAAAGUAUUCAAAAUCUAAUAAACAUAUUUCCCGAAUUUCUGGCACCUCGUGCAACUUCAA